AGCACCAGUCGCGUUCGUGAGACCUGCCAGUGCACCUUUGACAGCUCGAGAGCAUUGACAUUGCUUUGCAUCUUGUCAAACUUCGUUCUUUCAUGUCGUUCAAUUCUUCCGCCCUAGCUGCGGGCUACGUUGCAGCUUUUGUUGAUGCUACGCGGCAGUAUGUCACCGCCUCUCCUGGUAGAGCAGUUCUGCUCGGACUCUUCUAUACACCGGUUCUUAUCUUCGUGCUGAAUAUCCUUAAGCAGCUGGUUAUUCUCCGAGAUGCUUCUCUACCUCCGGAAGUGUUUCACUGGAUCCCUUUCGUCGGGUCCUCCAUCGCAUACGGCAACGACCCACUCGAUUUUUUCUUCAAGUGCAGGGAAAAAUAUGGCGAUGUCUUCACAUUCACUCUACUUGGACGCAGGGUUACGGUCGCACUCGGUGCCAAAGGUAACAACUUUGUCUUAGGAGGUAAAUCGACUGCGUUCUCCGCCAAAGAAGCUUACACGCACCUCACGACCCCUGUCUUCGGUAAAGACGUCGUAUUCGAUGUCCCCAACGAAAUAUUCAUGGAGCAAAAGAAGUUCGUUAAAGUCGGCCUCUCAACUGACAACUUCCGGGCGUACGCGAGCAUGUUCGAGCAAGAAGUCGAUGACUUCAUGCGCAGCGAUCAAGCAUUCACCAUCUGGCAAAUGAACGACAUCAAUGAAUGGGGACGCUUCGAUGUGACGGACAUCAUGGCCCAAAUCACUAUUUUGACUGCUAGCCGGACUCUGCAAGGCAAGGAGGUUAGAAGCGGUUUGGACAAAUCAUUCUCUACGCUCUACAAUGACCUGGAUGGAGGGUUCACCCCGCUGAAUUUCAUGUUUCCCAACUUGCCUUUGGAAUCUUACCGCCGUCGGGACGAAGCGCACAAGAAGAUGAGUGAAUAUUAUACCGACAUUAUCCGCAAACGCCGAGAAUCAGGUCACUCUGACGAACCUGAUAUGAUCUCCUCCCUAAUGGAUCAAAAAUAUCGUGAUGGUAGACCUCUGCGUGACCACGAAAUCGCGCACAUCAUGAUUGCCCUUCUCAUGGCAGGACAGCACAGUAGCGCUGCCUCCGGUUCAUGGACACUUCUUCACCUUGCUCACAAUGUCGAAGUCCAGGAAGCACUUUACCAGGAGCAAGUCAACCAUUUUGGCAACCCAGAUGGUUCUUUCCGCCCAAUGACCUAUGAUGGCUUCCGCAAGCUUCCAGUUCUUGAUUCCAUCAUUCGCGAGACGCUCCGCAUGCACCCGCCUAUUCACAGCAUCAUGCGUUACGUCCGUUCUGAUGUCCCGAUCCCCGCGACUCUCGCUGCCCCCUCCCAAGAUAGUAUUUAUGUCGUCCCGAAAGGCUACUACGUGCUCGCUUCUGCUGCCGUCAGCCAGGUUGACCCCCGUAUCUGGGCUAACCCUAUGAAGUGGGACCCGACGCGGUGGAGUGAUCCCGAGGGUGUUGCUGCUCAGGCGUUCAAGACUUACUCCGGCGAGAAUGGCGAGAAGGUUGAUUAUGGUUUUGGCGCUAUAAGCAAGGGAACUGAGAGCCCGUACCAACCGUUCGGUGCUGGGCGACACAGAUGCAUUGGCGAGCAGUUCGCGUACCUGCAACUUGGAGUCGUGAUUUCCAACAUCAUCCGUAAAGUCGAGGUUCGGUUAGAGGAUGGCAUCACGGAGAUUCCAGCACACAACUACCAUAGCAUGAUCACGAUGCCAAAGAAACCUCGGAAUAUCUGCUACAGACGCAGGAGAUUUGAUUAG